AUGCCUGCUAUUGUCAAGCACUUUUCCGCGGUCGCUGACCCGCACGUGGUCCAUCAGUACCUCAUGGCAGAUGGCGUAGUGGUCAUCGAGGGUGCCUCCACGCGCGAAACUAUUGACGAGGCCCUCAAAGAUAUUGGGAUGGUGAAAGAGGGCCAGACAUUUGCCCUAGCCUCGAAGAGCACAACCUUUGCCACCGGCCUGCUGAUGAAUCCGCUUUACAUCGACCUAACGAACCGCAUCCUCACCGACACCUGUAUCAUUUACUACGAAAAAGAGCGAACAGUGUCAAUCUCCGAUCCUCAGGUCUCUCAGACCUCCAUAAUGUCGGCAGAACCUGGAGCAGCCCCUUGGGGCCUGCGGCGCCAGGACGAAUGCCACCACAUUUCGCAUCCUGCUAAGCGUGAAGCAGACUUCGGAAUCAUGUACGCAGCAAACGAUAUUACAAAGGACAACGGUGCAAUUCGGGUCGUGAUUGGGUCAAACAAAUGGAUGGAUAAUCGAGAUCCAACCUCGGAGGAGGAAUGCCUGGUUGAGCUACGCAAAGGUGAUGCUUUACUAUGGUUAGUUCUAAACACCCUGUCUUCCUUCUCCAUUUUAUCGUCCAAAAGCUUAUGCAGAAAAUCUAUUCAUGACAGUCUCGGUUCUACAUACUACGGUCGCGCAGCGAAUACGACCGACCAACCGAGCGUUCUCCUGACUGCCACCUCCACCCCCGGUUAUCGUCGCCAGGAAGAAACUCAAUACCUUGCUGUCCCCUGGGAAGUUGCAGAGAAAUACCCUACCGCAGUUCAGCGCUUUCUCGGUUAUUAUGUGAGCCGGCCCUACGGUGGUGCGGUCGAGCAUAUGGAGCCUUUGGACUUCUUGAAGGUGAAGGGCGACUGGUCCAAGUACCACCCUGUGGAUCUUAUUUAG